AUGGGAGUGUUUUCCAAUAAGAUUGACAGAGAACAGUUGAAACCCGGCGAUCACAUUUACUCUUGGAGGCAGGCAUACAUCAUUGCCCAUCACGGAAUAUAUGUUGGAAUGGGAAUGGUGAUCCACUUCACAAGAGGAGCAGCACAAGAAACAGGAACAGUCUUGAACCGAUUUCAUGGUGCUACACCAUGCCCUAGAUGUGGUUACCAAACAAAGACUGAGGGAGUCACGAGAACCUGCUUGGAGUGUUUUCUUUAUGGUGGAUACCUAUACUUGUUUGAGUAUGGUGUCUCAUCUGCAUUUUUUCUAGCCAAAGCUAGAGGAGGAACAUGCACCACUGCAUCUUCUGAUCCAACCGAGGCUGUUCUUCGCCGUGCUUGGUUUCUUCUCAAGACUGGUUUUGGUGGCUACCAUUUGUUCAAGAAUAACUGCGAAGACUUUGCAAUGUACUGCAAAACAGGCUUGCUUGUAGCCACAAACAUCAGCGUAGGGCAAAGUGGACAAGCAUCAUCUCUAUUAGCUGCUGCUGGUGCCUUAGUUUCUUCAGCACUUGUGUUUAUGAACACUAGCUUCUGUGGUCUUGCUUUGGUUGGAUGUGGCAUGUAUUGUGUUAGCAGAUAUGUUUCUGAUAUUGGAGUACGCUGUGAUAUAACCAAAGUUUCCGCAGAGAGGAUUCAUGAGGUGGCCAAAGAAGAUUGGAACCAAGAAAUUGCUGCAUGGUUUGGAGAAGUUAUUGCAUGGUGUAGAUUGUGUGGUCUAAAUCAAUAUUUACAUAAUAUGUAA